CCGAUGCUUGCGUUGUGCCUUGCUUUCGCCGCCGGCGCGUCGGCACUCGUCGCGCUGCCAACGCCCGUGCACGUCCCGAUCGUCAGCAGUGGUCGUCGCGUUUCGCAGCUGCAGUGCGUAGCAGCGACCGAGGAGGAGAAGACGCUGUUAGCGGCUUCGAAGAAGGUCACGCUCGCGGCCAAGCGCUUCGGCGUCACCCAGGGCAAGCAGGCGCAGGCAUGGGUUGAGCAGGCGGUCUCGGCCGGCGACGCGAGCGCCUCCGGGCUGAUGGAGAUGCAACUGACUCUCUUUGAGGAGUGCCAGCUGGACGACGAGAGCGGCCGCUGCAAGGCGCUUACCGAGGCGAUUGAGGCGCUCAGCUCCGCGGUAGAGGUUCGGCGCAACGCGCCCAAGGACACGGAGUUCGAACUCAUCCUCGGCCCCACCGCCAUUCAAGAGGCGGCGACGAAGCUGCGCGCCUCGGCGGCGACCUUUGGUCCCGAGCAGAAGGAGGCGGCGAACGUGUGGAUCAAGAAGCUCACGUCCGGCGAGGCGGCGAGCGGCGCGGGCUUGCUCGAGGAGCAGAUCACGCUCUUUGGCGAGUGCGUGCUCAGCGAGGGCUCGACGCCCUCCAACUGCCAGCUGUUGGAGGAGGCGCUCUGCGAGCUGCAGGCGGCCAUCGAUUCGUGCCAGUCCGAAGACGAGUGCGAGCCAAAGGCGGUGGCGGAGGCGGUGGCGGACGAGCUGGUGGCGGCGCCGGCGCCCGCCGUGGAGAUCAUCACCUCUGGACGCAAGCGCAAGGCGGUCAAGCAGUUCCUCAAGAAGCUCGUUGGCAAAGCUAACUGACGGCGCUGCGGGGUCUCGGCGCCGGUGCACGGCCACACCGCCCUCCCCUCCCUCACACGCGAUGAGGAGCGAUCCGAACGUGGUAUCGGGUGAACUAUUCACUAUUUUGCACUUGGAUUUCGCUACGAUAUUCUCCACCUCAUUCUCAUCAGGGUCGAUUCCGCAUGUGUGGGCACACGCCGCGCGUAGGGCCAUUAGGGGCCUAGAGAACACCCCCUGUCCCCAAUAUUAAAAAAAGGGACAAAGUACAA